AUGCAAGUGGAAGCGUUCCGAGCAGUUCUGCAGAGCGCGCCGCCGGACGCGGCACGCCGCUUUGUCAGUUGGUGCCGCGCGCGCGGGCACGGCCGUGCCGCCGAGGCGCCACACCCCAUGCGUGUGCAGGCUGUGUCGAUGCGGCCGCGCGACGUCGCCGCGAUCUGCGUGCGCCCUGAAGCGGGCACGCACUUGCUCAGCCUGCUGCUGCAGCUCGAUGCGGAGCGGCUUCAAGACGGCCUCCGUCCCCCCGCCGGCGGAGCCACUGGCGAGAGCGAAGGCGUCGGCCCCUCGGACGACGUCCUGGCUUCCCUGCCUUGGACUGCCACCCCGCAGUCUGCACGCAAGGUCGCGGCCGCGAUGGUCGCCGCUGGUGCCCCUCCAGAGUGCCUCGGGGCCCUCCUGCAACACGUCGCACGGGCGUGGCCCGACGAGCUGCCCGCCACGGUCGCCGCGGCGGCGAGCGAAGUAGAGGCUCUGCAAGACGAGGCUUCGGCGGUGGCCAUGGCGGCGAUGCCGACGCUGCAUGUGCUGCUCAACGUGCUGAUGAACCAGCCCGCGCGCCGCGGCGCAGCGCAGGGCGCCGCCGCGCCUGGCGGCGACGAGGCAACCGACCAGAAGUGGGAAACCGCCCUGCGCGCAGCCGGCCGCACGGCGGUCGCCCGGCGGUGCGGGGACGCGGCGGCGGCGGUGCUGGCGGCCGAGGCGCGCCUGGGGCUCUAUCGCUGCUUGGCGGCUGAGUACGCCUCCUGGCCCAGCGCGGCCCGCCGCGUGGUGACUGCAAGUGUCAAAGAGUGGCUGUGGGCACUCAGCGCGACCGCCAAGCCGCGCGACGCCCGCGGCAACCGCGAGCGGGGCGUGAUGUGCGCUGCCCUGGCGCGCCCGCCGGCGCCGCCGCCGCGCAAGGGGGGCCGGCGACUCGAAGACCUGCUGCGCGCGGGGUGCGUGGGCGAGGCAGAUGAGCUGGCUGGUCGGCUGGCGCCGCGGACCGUGGCCGCGGCGGCGGCCAGGGCCCUUGGGCUUUGGCCGGGCUGCCUGGAGCCCGGGGGUGUCCUGUUCACGGGCCACGUGGCGCCGCGCGGCGAAGACGGUGCAAGCUACGACAGCGUCAUCCUUUGGGCGAUCCGGCACAACGGCGGUUUUCGCGUCGUGGGCGGCGCGCUGAACGAGGCCAUCAGGCUCGCGCACUCCUGCGACGCGCGCGGUGCAGUGGACGUGCUGCGGGCGGCGGAUGCGGCAGGCCAAGAGCCGUGGGACGAUGACGACACGGCGCUGUGGGAGGAUUCCACCCGCCUCGUGACCAACCUGGCGUGGUGCGGUCAGCCGUGGCUGCUGCUGUCGGCGCAGCCGCUGCUCGCACGGUGGCAGGCGCCGCUGAACGCCGCCGCGGGUGAGGACACCGAUGACUGA